AUGCCCUCGCUCGGGGACCUGGUGCGCGACUGGCACCGGGGCGCGCAGGCCGUGGCGCGUGGGGACUGGGACUACGCCUUGCGCCUCUUCUCGAGCGUCCCGGAGCCGCCCGCCAGGAUGAGCUUCAACGUGGGCUGCGUGCACCUGCUAGCCGGGGACCCGGAGGCCGCGCUGCGGGCAUUUGACCAGGCAGUGACCAAGGAUGCCUGCAUGGCUGUCGGCUUCUUCCAGCGAGGAGUAGCCAACUUCCAGCUGGGGAGGUUCCGGGAGGCCCUAUCCGACUUCCAGCAGACCCUGGCACAGCUGAGGGGCAACACCGCCAUCGACUACACCCAGCUGGGCCUGCGGUUCAAGCUGCAGGCCUGGGAGGUGCUAUUCAGCGUGGCUGCAGUGCAGAGCCAGCUGGGGCUCUGGGCAGAGGCCACCCACAGCCUCGAGGAAGCCAUCUCCAAGGGGCCGGAAGGGGCCCACAAUGACCUGGACAUCGCCGUGGGCCAAGUGCAGAAACAGGCCCCCCUGCAGCCUCGGCAGGUCCCCAGGGGUGAGGUCUUCCGGCCGCACAGGUGGCACCUGGAGCACCUGGAGCCCGUGGAUUUCCUGGGCAAGGCCAAGGUGGUGGCCUCCGCCAUCCCUGAUGGCCCGCACGAGGACGCCCGGCCUCAGCAGCCACAGGCUCUCUACGCGCGUGGUGAAGCCAGGCCUGCGGCUGCCGAACGGGCCCGUGACACAGGCCCCUCCAGACCUGGUACCCGCUGUGGCCCCAGGACUCCCCUUGAUGCGGAGAUGGAGGUCAGCUCUGGCCAGGCUGGGCGGGCUGACCAUGGCACACUGGUCACCAAUGACGAACAGUGUCUGGGCACUGCACCCAUGAGCUCCAGGCCCAGGGAAAGCUACCCCCACCCUCAGGGCCCCACCCCGGCCCGGCAGAGCCCCAGCCUGUGGCUUUCCUUGCAGAAGCCUCACGUGGAGCAAGUUGGCCAGUGGGUCCCUCCAGGGCUGCUGGCAGCUGGGGGGCCGGGCCCUGGCUCCUCUGAGGAUCCUGCAGGCGCUGGGGGUGUGGCUGCAGGGGGCCCCGAGUCCUUGGUGACCUUCACAGUGCAGUGUGCCUUCACCCUGGCCCUGAGGGCCCCAAGAGGAGCUGACCUGUCCAGCCUGCGGGCCCUGAUGAGCCAGGCCCUCCCUCCCCAGGCCCAGAGUGGGCAGCUCAGUUACCGAGACCCUAGUGACAGCAGGGGCUGGGUGCCCCUCACCGGGGAGGAGGCACUGCAGAGGGCCUGGCGGGGCGCGGCUGCCGGCUCCGGGGAGCUGCAGCUACGGUGCCAGGGUGUGGGCGGCCGGCCUGUCCUCUACCAGGUGGUGGCCCGGCACGGCUACUCCUCCCAGGGGCCCGAGGACCUGGCCCUGCAACUGGGAGACACUGUGGACGUCUUGUGCGAAGUGGACCAGGCAUGGCUGGAGGGCCACUGUGACGGCCGCAUCGGGAUUUUCCCCAAGUGCUUCGUGGUCCCGGCCGUCCGGCGCACGUGA